UGGAAAGAAGUGGUGUGUUGGCAUUCUGGAGACGUUUGGACCAAAGUGCAAUAAAAAAAAAGCGUCCCGUCUGUCGUCGUGUGUGUCCACAGACAGCAGUCAGGCGCUUCGUAAUGCAGAAACACCUCUACUAAGCGACAUAUUCUCUCGAAAAACAACGACAGUGCUGCGGAGGGAAAAUGGGGAAGAAGGAUGCCAGUGCGACCAGAUUACCAGUUGAUCAGUACCGAAAACAGAUUGGUAAGCAGGACUACAAGAAGACAAAGUCAGUCUUAAAGGCCACACGGCUGAAAGCUGAAGCAAAGAAGAAUUCCUCUGGAUUCAGGGAUGCAUUCCUUGUCAUUGCAGCGAUCCUGUUCUUUGUACUCUGCAUCUACGCCUUCUUCUACCUCAACCUGAGCACUGAGAUUAACCUGGAUGUGGAUGUAGAUUAAUAUGGGGGUAGACGGGUUGCGGACAGCUUUCUUGUUUCUUGUUUACAGUCACAAGACUAUGUCCAAAUUGUGUUCAGUUUGUGACCAGUGGACACAGUUUCUCAGUCUUUUUCACACACUUUGUUGUGUGUUCUUCUUCAGGAGAAAUGUUGCAGUACAUUAAACAGUUAAAGUUUCAGGCCAUUUUUGAGACUUGACAAUUUUUUUUCCUGUCCCUUUAUUUUCUGCUUGGAAAUAUGCAAUGAAACUGUAAUCACUAUUGUACUGACAUUAAUUAUACUAUGGUUUUACAUCUAUAAAUGUUUCCAUUCCCUGAAAAAGUCAGAUCACUUGCUUCGUGGCACUUGUAAAAUCUGCUGCUGCAAAAUCCACAAUCAGCAAAGAAAAUGAGCCUUUUACACAUCUUCCGAACUACAGUCGAGACCAGGCUCUGUUAAUCAUAUUCUGCGGAGUCACGUCCCACUGUUUUCUCCACUAAUAGAAAAAUGUAAAUCUCCCGCUGAACCUCUCGUCACAUCAAGACAAACACUUGCCUCACAUUCCAGUGCACAAACCUCUCCUCACGGAUAUCUGGAGAUCACAAAGUGUGAGAUUAGAAUCCACAAAGCCCUUGUCCUGAUUGAACAUGUGUGCAGAAUACAGAACAACACAUUGUACCUGCCGCACAUACAUGCAGCACUUAGACAGACAUCCACAGGAUUAGCAUUACAAAUACGACGCUGUUCUUUCAUUUGAAUGGAAAUUACAGACAUGAACGAUGACUGAAUAGAGGUGAGCCUACGUGUUCCUCAUAAGGAACACCUUGGUGAUUUUCUUCUUGUCAAAUGUAUGUAUUGUUGUCCCCUUAAAGAUGUGAUGUGUCUCUGUAGGAACGAAUAUGAAGGUUUGUAUAUGCUAUUUUUCUACCACCUCUUUACUCUUUGUGCACUAGGCCUGCAAGAUGCAAGGACUGACCUUCUAUUAACCAUUUGAAGUGCUUCCACUGAGAGAUUCUUUAUUAGCAAAGUAAGGGUUUUUUCUUAUUGAGUCCACUUGCUCCUUUUUUUGUUGGAAAUUGUACAUUUUUUCAUCUUAUUACACAUUUUCUACUCUACAUAUUUUUCUCAGCAUGCAUGAACUCUAACUAGCAAUAGCAGUAGUGUUGUGUUUUGGAAAUGACUCUUUUAUGUCCCCGUAAUGCAUAACAGGCCAGUACCAAAUACACAAGUGGCCUUGUGACUUCUCUCUUUUCUAACAUGUUUUUUUUCCCACUAUUUAAAAAAAAAAAAAAAAAAAGUCUUAGGUCUAUGCCCGAUUGUGUUCCGUGGCUCAUAGGAUUCUCGAAAUGUGAGACAGAUUCUGAGCUUUUAGUUUCUGCCUUUUCUCUUCUUUUCUCCCAUGACCCUCCGACCUCUAGUAAAAGACUACAUGUCAAAGAAACCAUUAUGAUAAGCAUGCACCCAUACCCUCACCCAGUGGCUUUUAUCAGGCCUUGGUACAUCCAGACCCCCCUCACAUGUGUAACAAUAGACAGCCCAGCCUAAUAGACCUUCAUACAUGACACCUGUUAUCUGAAAGGUCACCAUUACCAAAUACAAGAGCUCUGACAUCAGCACAGUGGAAAGGACCUGGCAGCACAGCCUAUUUGUUCAGACCCAUGUUUGGCAAGAUGAGAUGCAAGCAAUUUUUCCCAGUAGUGUAAUGGUUAGUUCUGUUUUUGAAUUGGUUUGUAUGGUAAACAUUUAACAAUUUGCUUUGUCAUUAUGAUUAUUUUACUGGAUACAGUGUGAUAUGUCAUUAAUAAUUUUUCUCUGUUCCUCUUGUUAAAUUGCUUUUAAAAUAAAAAUCAUGUUCCCUUUAUAAGGAAAUCUAAACAAUGUAUAAUGUUAAAAAAAGAAAUUAAAGGACCUUUUCAUUUUGA